CCCGGGCCUCCGAGGAGCCCCGGUCCCCUGGCCUGCCGCCGGGGAGCCGUAAUUCCGGAGGCCACAAGACCCCAAGAGUCUUGUCCCUGUAUCCGCCCCCCACCGCCCCCAUUAGACAAAUCGCUUUGCCCUGGCCCAGCCUCCAAGGAGUCGUGUUCACAAGUCCGGGGGACCGGCGUGACAGGCGCCCAGCUCACUGGGGGGCGGUGGGGAGGGGGGAACGUCGCGAACCCCUUCCCACAGGGGCGCCGGCGCCCCUGCCUGGCGGCCGGGAAGUCCAGGGGCGGAGGGCAGGCAGGAGCGGAGCGGUUGGACCCGCAGGGCGGCCGCGGGUCCCGCCGUUGGUCCGCGGGAGCGCGAUCCUCCCAGUCCGCCGGAGCGCGCUCCUCCCCGCCCGCCCCACAUGCCCUGACUGCGCCUGCCGCCGCGCCCCGGGCGCCAGACCGCGCGGCCGCCAUGGGGAAUGGGAUGAACAAGAUCCUGCCUGGCCUGUAUAUUGGCAACUUCAAAGAUGCCAGAGAUGCAGAGCAAUUGAGCAAGAACAAGGUGACGCACAUUCUGUCUGUGCACGACAGCGCCAGGCCGAUGCUGGAGGGGGUUAAAUACCUGUGCAUUCCAGCAGCGGAUUCACCAUCUCAAAACCUGACGCGACAUUUCAAAGAAAGUAUCAGAUUCAUCCAUGAGUGCCGCCUCCAGGGCGAGGGCUGCCUGGUUCACUGCCUGGCGGGCGUCUCCAGGAGCGUGACCCUGGUGGUCGCCUAUAUCAUGACGGUCACCGACUUCGGCUGGGAGGACGCCCUGCACACCGUGCGCGCAGGCAGGUCGUGUGCGAACCCCAACCUGGGCUUCCAGAGGCAGCUGCAGGAGUUUGAGGAGCUCCAGGUCCACCAGUUCCGCCAGUGGCUGCGGGAGGAGUAUGGAGAAAGCCCGCUGCGGGACGCCGAGGAGGCCAGGAGCAUUCUGGGUAAAUACAAGGAGCGGGGGCGUGCGGAGCCCCCGCCGGGCGCGCGGCGCUGGACUGGCCUCCGAGGCCCGCCCCCGCUGGCCUAUGGCAGCUACACCCCGGAGACUUAGCCGGCGCCUCGGACACCUUCCUUCCGGCUUCUAGUCGCUGCCUGGCCUGAGGACCGGAAGGGGGUGUCCAGUGGAUCCAGGCUCCUCUCGAGACCCCUCAGCCGCCCCCCCAGCUUCUGUGCUGCCAGACACUGCUGAUUGUCAUGCGCACCGCUGAGCCGGGGUGUGUGUGACACGGGUGUGGUGUGUGUGUGACACAGGUGUGUGUGUACACAGGUGUGGUGUGUGUGACACAGGUGUGGGCUGAGACACUGUGGACACAGGUGUGGGGUAUGUGUGUGUGACACAGGCGCGCUUGCACACAGGUGUGGGUGUGACACGGGUGUGUGUGUGCAUGGAUGUGUGUGACAUGGGUGUGUGCGUGUUGCGGUAUCAUCAUGAAGGCCACACUGCCCAGACUGAUCCCAUGGCCUCUCCGCGUCUGAGACCCACUGGGCAGCGUUGGGAGGUGACUGUAGAGAAGCUCUUCUCCAGAGCAGCCUGGGCCUGUGAGCAGACAGCGGGGAGACCCCUGUGGCCGUGGGGGCAGCCUCCUGAGGGUGGUUCUUGGGUGUGGAGGGGUGAGCAGGCCCCCCUCUUGCCAGCCCCGCUCAGCCCUGCCCUUCUCGGAGUCCCGCUUGGCCCUGUCCACCUGCAUUGGUGUUGUAUGGGGAGCACCCCAGACGCCCGCCCUCAGCUCCGGUCCAGCUCCUCCCUUCUGGCCUGCUGCCGUGCUCUUCCUGGGGCUCUUCGCAAGGCAUGCAUGCACCUUUGGGAUUUGGGAAGAAAGAGCAGUUACCAGGCCCUGUCAUGGGUUUAUGAAUAUGUUUAAAUGCCUGUGAACUCAUUAAGCACCUCUGUCUGCUGUGGAUGUAAGAUGAUCUCAGCUACCUCAUUAAAUGGUUUCUGAAAA